CAAUUUUUGGGUAUAGAGUAAUUUCAAUUUAGGCUCUCCUCCCAAACACACCUUUACGCCUUUCUGCUCUCACACAGUCCCCUGUCUCACUCCAAACUCGCCGCCGCCGCCGUUCACCAUCUUCGCCGGAAAAUAGAGUAACAUGUCUAACGAUAAUGGUUCGAUUAAAAUGGUGGAGAUUGAGAAUAAAGGUAGAGCACUGGUUUCUUCUAGGCCGCUGAAUGCCGGAGAAAUAGUCCUCAAGGACUGUCCCAUCCUCCUCUACUCCGCCGCCCCUCACGCCACCGCCGCCGCCGCCGCCGCCAAUUACUGCGCCAAUUGCUUCAGAACAAUCCCGCCGCACUCCGCAACAACAGUCCCUUGCCCUAAUUGCGCCGCCGCCUCACUCUUCUGCACUCCACACUGCCAAUCCAUCGCCCUCUCCUCUUCCCACACCCCAUUCGUCUGCCAAUCCCUAAUCCGCCUCCGCGCCGCCGAUUCUCCGCUCCUCCACCACCACCACGACCGCCUUAUCCAAGCUCGGUUCCUCAUCUCCGCCUACAAUCUCGCGACGGCGUCCCCCUCCCAUUUCCAAACCCUCCUCUCACUACAAGGCGAACCAAUUAAAGACGAGGAAUCCAUUUUCCUACACUCGGUAAUUUCGUCGAUUCUCCCUGCAUCGUCAAAUCUCCGGCAAAUCGGAUUCUCAUUAGAGCUGACCGCCGCCCUACUGGCGAAAGACAAGCUGAACGCAUUCGGGCUGAUGGAGCCUUUCGACCAAGACGUCGAAAACAGGUCCGUUAGGGCUUACGGGGUUUACCCACGCGCCUCGUUCUUCAACCACGACUGCCUGCCAAAUGCUUGUCGAUUUGACUACGUCGACUCAGUCCCCGAUUUGAGCAACACCAGCAUUGUUGUGAGGGUUAUCCACGAUGUACCCGCGGGGAGAGAGAUUUGCCUGAGUUAUUUUCCGGUCAAUCUCAAGUACUCCGAGAGGCAAGUAAGGUUGAAGGAAGAUUACGGUUUUGUCUGCGAUUGCGACCGCUGCAAAGUGGAGGCUAAUUGGUCGGAUAACGAGGAAGAAAUGGACCAAGAAGAUGAUGACAUGGAUGGUGACGACAUGACGGGUGAUGACGACAACAUGGAUGGCGAGGACGACGAUGACAUGGCGAAAGAAAACGACGAUUUCCCACAUGCGUAUUUCUUCGUGAGAUACAUGUGCGGUAGAGACAAUUGCGGUGGUACGUUGGCUCCUGUACCGCCGGUGGAUGCUCGAACAUCGUCUGUUAUGGAGUGUAAUGUUUGCGGCAGCUUGAGCAACUCCGAAGACUGAAUAAAUAGACAUAGACAAAAAAAAGGUAAGAGUACUUACUUAAAUGGAGUCAGUUUCGCACCGGAAAAUUUUCGACUGGCUCCGAUCAUUGUACUGUAUUAGUCUGCAAAUUGCAAAUUACCAUACAUUCGCUAUCUAUAUAAAAUACACGCACACAUGUUGGUGUGAGUGUGUAAACGAAUGAUACACAUCUCUAUUCGAUAUACAUCCAUUCGAUAUUAUCUUUUUUUGGUACUCGUAAAAUUCUAAACGGGGUUUAAAAGAAGGAAAAAAAACGGCAUU